UUAUGUAUUAUCUAUGUCUAUACUACAGCUUUAGCUAUUUAGGCUUUAGCUAAAGAAUUUAAUAAUCGUAGUUAGUGAUUCUCGAUUCUCUACUUUGAUAUAAUUACAAUACAAACUUUUUACGGGUCUGGGUAUAUGGUUUAUUGCAUUCGCAAUUGUCAUUAGUUUUUAAUUACCAGUAUAUAUUGAAGUACUAAAUAAUAAACGUUUAAUUAAAUAUUAUUCAUUAUUGCUGUUUUUUUUAUAAUUAAUUUUAUAAAAAAAAAUUUACCCUAUUGGUGAAUUAUCAAUUUUCCUUCAUUAUGGCUACUUUGGAAGAUAAAAUUCUGGGUGAGAAAUUGCAAAACUAUUGUAGCAGCAGUGAAGAUGAGGGUUCUGGUGAUGAAGACAGUCAAAGCGGUGAUGAGGAAGGGAAUGCUUCUAAAAUGUGUUCGGUGCGCGCAGAACCUCCACCUAUUAAUAACUGGAACGGUUCUGCCACCAACACUGGUCCAAAAGGUGUACUUGAAGAUUGGAAGAGAUUUAAACAGUUAGAAGCUGAAAACCGCAAAGAAUUGGCUAAAGAGCGUUUUGCUCUUGCUAAGAAACUUACCUUAACCGUGAAAACAGCACAGGAAGAGGAAGAAGCAAAAGAAAUUGAUGAGCUAGAGGAUGAAUUAAAUGAGCUAAUGGAUGAGGAUUUCUUGAUGAAAUACCAGCAACAGAGAAUGCAAGAAUUAAUGGCUCAAUUACAAAAAGCACCUAAAUUUGGGAAAGUACUAACAUUAAACAGCCAAGAAGAGUUUUUAAAUGCUAUUGAUAAAGAAGACAGCAAAGUUACAAUUAUUGUUCAUAUUUAUAAUAAUGGUGUUAAAGCAUGUGAGAGUAUGGAUGGCUGUCUACGGUUAUUAGCACCUGAUUAUCCAGCUGUGAAAUAUUGUAGGAUAGCUGCUGAUAUUACGGGACUGAGUCGUCACUUCCGCAUCGAUGGAGUUCCAGCUUUAUUAGUGUAUAAGGGGGGACAAAUAAUUGGUAACUUUGUAAAACUUGCAAACGAACUUGGUGAAGAUUUCUUUGCAACUGAUGUUGAGAAAUUUUUAAUAGAGUACGGAAUGUUACCAGAAAACUAAUUUUUUUUUGUGAUAACAUUAUAUUGCUUAUAAAUUAAAAUGUACUUAAAUGUAGUUUUGUUGUGCGUCUACUAACAUUUAUAAUACUUAAGAUUUUUUAAAAUAUACAAAAAAAAAUUUGGAAAGCUAUUACUUUUGUAGUAGAUUAUACACAUCAAUUAACAUAAAAAAAUCACAUCCUUCAUUUAUAUCACUGCAAUGUUAUAAUAAAAAAAAAAUCAAUCUGCAUUUUUAAUAUAAAAGCUUAGGCAUUAAGUUAGUAUUACAUAAGUUAGUCUUUUUAUUUAGCUAUUAAAUUCUGAGUAACAUAAUUUCUCACUUAAUGUCUGUAAUCAAUCACUCGAGCUAUGAAAUAUUUGUAUUUCUAAAACUCACUUUCUUAAGCAUUGUUAAUUGUCAUGAGAAAGUUUUAUUUGUUUUAUGUAUGAAUAGUUUUUAUGUUGUCUCAAUCUUAUAUGCUUCAGUGCAGGCACUGAUUCGAGAUAAGAUGUGUGUGUGUGUAAUAAAUUUAAAUUUGGAUUUAUUUAUUAUUAUUAUUUUAUCCUAUAAUUUAUUCAAAUAGAUUACCACUUAAAAGGAUUUCAAAAAACCUAAUUAUGUAUACAUUAACCCACCAA